AGAAAUUAAAUAAGUAAUAAGUAAGACUGAUGUGUCAAUUAUCAAUAGAUUUUCUAGUCCACGACUGAUUGAUCGAGCUUGAGUUGCAGUUCCUCUUGAAGCUGCUGAAUUGGCUAAGGUCAGGACUGUUGGUCAGUGAGCUCAGUUCUUCCACAGUAAACUGGGAAAACUGAAAUAAAAGACAGAAACUGCUGACAAGAGGUUGGAGAACCAUUUUUUUGUCUAAAAUCUGGUUUCCUGAUUUGAACAAACCAAAAGUAAAGUGUGAAGACGUGUAAUCAGACACAGUGGAGGUUCAUUUCGUGAUCGAGCACACUUCAUGCUGUUGAGGAUCAGAUGACCUAGAAAAUUUGCUGCAAAUUUUGCGUGCAGAAUAAUUAAACCUUGACAUCAACUAUGAAAGUGGGUCAACCAUCAGGUCUUGUCAUGCGAGUCUGAUCUUAGUGGUUUGGAGAGGAGGAUCAAAAACACCUCAAUAGAGAAAGAAAGGGUGACAUCAUCGGCGGAAGUCCGACAGCAGCACCAACUCUGUGAUCAGAAUAAAUAUCAGAGCUAAACCCAGAGUCCAGCAGAACAGCAGCGAAGAAGAAGACGUCAACAGUCAGCAGAGGACACAGUUCAGAGCUGUACGUGAGCGAGUUCCCGUCAAACCUCCAGGUUAAACACCUGAACCUCCAGCAGAGCCCGAGGAGCCCAAACAGUCGAACACAGCUAAGAUUUGCGAGGAGGACCAGAUCACAUCCAGAUCUGAGUAAGAUCCAGAGAGGAAAGCGAGACGCUCAGAGACUCCAAACUAUCAACAUGUUUUCAGCUUCUAACAAAGUGAUGACGGCUGUCUGUGUGGUGGCAGUGGUGAUGAUGAUGAGGAUGAUGAUGACGGAGGCAGCAGCCAUGCCAAAAACAGGCGGCCACUCAAAACCCUCAGGGAAGACACACAGGAAGUCUUCUGAUGGUGCAACGGUAGAAACGGUCCCCCUGCAGCUCGACCCCAACUCUCUGAUUUCUUCCAGACACAUCAGGCCGCUGCACAACGCCUCCAUCUCCCCGUGGACGUACAACGUCUCCCAUGACGAGUCUCUGUUCCCUCCGAUGCUGUCGGAGGCUCGUUGUUUGCUGCAUGGCUGUCUGGACAUGGAAGGCCGGGAGGACCUGAACUUGGAGUCCAGACCCAUCAUGCACCAGGUGAUGGUGCUGCGCCGGGUGAAGUCAACGGGGGCGGAGUCAGGGGCGGGGCACAGCUACCACUAUCGUCUGGAGUCCCGCCUUAUCGCCGUGGGCUGCACGUGUGUCCGACCCCUCAUCCAACACCAGGAGUGAAGACCAGCAGGGACCAGACCGGCUACUGGGUCGGUCUGCCGCCAACAUGAGCUUCUGUAUGGAGGAUGAGUACCAACAAAAACGUGAAGAUCAGGGACAUUUGGAAAAGAAAA